UUUGUACUUACACGACGUGGUGUGUGAGGUAAAUUUCAAAUAAAAUUUUUAAGUGCCGAGGUGCAUUAUACAGCAAUUGUCAAUUAAAAAUGUGCGUCGGUAGAAAGGCAAGUGAUUUCGAAAGAACUCAUUCAAAAAACCAAUCGAAAGAAAAAACGGUUAUCAAGCGAAGAAAUGAAAUGAUAGAUAGUCGAAGAAUAACGACAGAGUCUGAGGGUGAAUUUGAAAACGAUAUUCUGGGUGUAUCUACUAAAUUCGCGUACGAUUUGUUUGCUUGUCUUAAACGUCUGCAAUAUCAAUUUUAUGAAUCAAAUGGUUACAAAAUCCUGGUUCAUACAACUCAACCAGCUCACUUUAUAACAGCAAUGUCGGUCAUUUUCAUAGCUUAUUUGACGGUCCCAGGAAACAAACAGUAUCAAGCGUCUCCUCUUUGGAGUCUCUUGUAUUUGGGUUCGUUCAGCGCUCAUUUUGGAACCCAAAUUUGGAUGACUUUCGUGUCCGGCCUGGCUCUAUUCUUCUCAUUAUCCAGACAUACCUUCGGCAGCGUUCAAGAAGUAUUGUUUCCAAAAUACUUCCUUCUGAAUGCUUCGCUCAGUUUUGUUACUCUCUUCGUCUUCAUGAAAAUGAACAACUCGGCAUUGAUGGAAUCGACAGAAAACAUCGUUCAGGCUAUCUCAAUAGGAGUGUGCUUUAUGUUAGAGCUCACUGUACGCCUCUAUUUCACACCUCCUCUGCUGUAUUUAAUCGGUGUCAAACAAAAAAUCGAAAAAGAGGCUGGAGUUGGUUUGGAAGUUGGAAAAUACAACCUUGGAUCAUUAAAAGACUGCCCAUAUUAUCUACAAAUUCACAAAUCAUUCAGAAGAAUCCACAUGACCGUCGCUAUCAUGAAUUUGUUGUCAAUGGCUUGCACAUCAUUACAUUUAUAUUAUUUAUCUCAUAAAUUAUGCUCCAUUUAAAGAAAAUAUUAGUUAUAAAAUUUUCAAUACUCGAAUAAAUUAUCGAUAUUUAUUUAUUAAAUGUACAGUAUUACUAGGAUUUUUCUAUUUAAAUUGUAUUUUGUAUGUAAAACAUAUAUGCAAUUAAGUACAGCUUUUCAUAAAAGAAUU